AUGGCUGUGAAUACAGACAGAAAUUCUCCAUCGCAGGACCAGUACGAAGCCAUAAACUGGAACGAAGAUGACGAACCUGAUGUUAUAGAUGUGUACAAAUGUGAAAUAGUGGACUCCAGUACGUACUUCACCUGCACUAACAGCACGGAAUGUCCUGCUACGUGUUUUUAUCAGACGGAACAUUCAAUUUGUGGGGUAGAGGUCAUAGAUGGCUACUCCGCACGGAUUUGUGCUUGUCACACGAAUGCUCCAAGAAUUCAGACUGUAGACGCCAUCACUGCAGUUCAGGAUACAGUUCCAUCUGUUCAACAACGACUAAUAAGUGUGAAUGUCAGCAUACUUGUGGCCAUAACUCUGACUGCAGAUAUACUCCCAUCUGUUCACCCACUUCACACACGUGUACUUGUGGCCGUAUUUGUCACAGCAACAACGACUGUUCCCAUACGAGGUGUACAAGAAGUGACGCUAUGUGUACGACUGCGCAAAGACAUACGAAAACAUGUACCUGUGAAACGACGUGUUCGAAAAGCACAGAUUGUUCCAACCACAGAUGUUCAAAUGGAUACCUCGCAGUUUGUGAUUCUGCGUCAUGUGUGUGCAGAAGUCAUUGUAACGGUGACGCAUCUUGUCACUCUCUACGAUGUAGCCCGGGAAAACAACCGUUUUGCUCAACAUCAGACGGCUCUGCUUGUAUGUGCUUUGAACAAAGAAUGCUGGUGUAAAGUUGAGGUAAAUGGUGGCUGGUCAUCCUGGGGCACAUGGGGCAGCUGUUCUACUUCCUGUGGAGCCGGAAGACGUAUACGUCACCGCAGUUGUAAUCAUCCCCGACCUAAAUAUGGUGGAACAAAUUGUGUUGGCAAUUCUCAAGAAAGCCAAACUUGCUCACAACCAUGUCCAGUUGACGGAGGAUGGUCUGUUUGGAAUUCUUGGUCGUCCUGCUCAAGGUCAUGUGGAAGAGGAUCGCAAACCCGUAGUAGAAAGUGCACGAACCCCGCCCCUGCCAACGGAGGAAAAAAUUGUGGUGGAUCUAAUCAAGAAACCAAAAGCUGUCAAGUUACACACUGUCCAGUGAAUGGCGGAUGGUCAAGCUGGGGCCGAUGGGGUGGAUGCUCUACAACGUGUGGAGCAGGAGCUCAAAUACGGACCAGACAUUGUAAUCACCCCACACCAGCCUAUGGUGGGAGAACGUGUACAGGCAGUAACCACGAGUCACAGAGUUGUUCCCAGGUUCCAUGUCCAGUGAACGGGGGAUGGACUAGUUGGGAGAGUUGGUCAACCUGCAGUGUAACGUGUGGUGCAGGAAUAGAAUCUAGAGUCCGGUCUUGUACACAGCCAGCGCCAGCACACGGAGGAAAUCCAUGUACUGGAGAUCUGAAAGAAACACAGACUUGCAUCCUAGCACCUUGUGCCCGUUCAUGUAAAGACAGUAGUGCUCAGUGUGGGUUGUUGAAGGACGUUUUCUGUGCUCCAGAUAACGUGGACGGCCAAAAUGUUUGCCCACACACCUGCGGACUUUGUCCGGUGGAUGGUGCUUGGGGGACUUGGACAAAAUGGACUGUGUGCACUUUGACCUGUGGGGGAGGGGUCAAAAUGAGAUCACGUCUGUGCAACAACCCAUCCCCCUCACAUGGUGGACUGAUGUGUAGUGGAUCUGCACAGGGUGUAGCCGAUUGCAACACUCAACAAUGCCAAGUUGACGGAUUAUGGUCUGUUUGGGGAGACUGGACAUCAUGCACUUUAUCUUGUGGCGGAGGAUCACAAUACCGGUUUCGGUCAUGUUCGAAUCCCUUGCCUUCGGGUGGUGGAAAAGAUUGUGUCGGCAGCUUACACGAUGUACAAUCGUGUUCACAAACACCCUGUCCAGUGGACGGAGGCUGGUCGUCUUGGACAGAUUGGUCAUCUUGUAGUGUAACCUGUGGAUCUGGCCACGAAACACGGACACGUGCCUGUAACAAUCCGCUUCCUCUGUAUGGUGGCAGGUCAUGUGAUGGAAACGUCACAGAAAUGAGGUCUUGUAAUCAAUCCGUGUGCCCAUAUGUUUGUAAAGACUUGUCCCCCGACUGCCAGACAUUCAAAAGUAUGUUCUGUUCUCCUGAACAUCCCUCUGGUUUCCAGCUUUGUCCAAUCACGUGCGGAACAUGUAGAGUCGAUGGUAAUUGGUCUGAUUGGUCUUCAUGGAGCGUAUGCAGUGUAUCCUGUGGCAACGGCACCAAAACUCGUUCCCGUCAGUGUUCCAAUCCUGUGCCAGCUUAUGGAGGGAGAGACUGCAAUGGGACAUCUAGCGAAAUAGAUAAUUGUAUUCAAUUACCAUGUCCAGUUGACGGAGUUUGGUCAGACUGGACUAGUUGGUCAUCGUGUUCCCUGACUUGCGGAGCUGGAGUGCAGACACGUGACCGACAAUGUGAUAAUCCAGCGCCCUCUCACGACGGACAAUUCUGUUCAGGAGACCCUUACGGGAUUCAGAGUUGUACUGAACUGGAAUGCCCUGUUGACGGGGGCUGGAGCGACUGGACAGGGUGGUCGCCCUGUAGUGUUACGUGUGGUACAGGAGUAAACACUCGAACACGUGCAUGCACGCAACCUGUCCCCAUGCAUGGUGGAUUGAAUUGUACAGGAGUUGAUUCAGAUACACAACCCUGCAAUAAGACCGACUGCCCAGUUGAUGGGGGCUGGAGCGGCUGGACGGGGUGGUCGGUCUGUAAUGUCACGUGUGGUACAGGAGUAAUCACUCGAACACGUUCAUGCACGCAACCUGUACCCAUGCAUGGCGGCUUGAAUUGCACUGGAGAAGACACAGAUACGUAUCCAUGCAACAAGACAGAGUGUCCAGUCGUUUGUGAAGACCAGGACCCGGGCUGUCCAGUGUUUGCUAAGUACACCCAUAUGUGUGCCCCAGACAAUCCAAGAGGACCCAUUACCUGCCCAAAAGCCUGUGGAAUGUGUAAUGCAGUAAUUGAUGGUGGUUGGAGUUCCUGGGGACCAUGGUCUGCCUGUAGCGCCUCAUGUGGUGAUAUAAGUGUUAGGAACCGGAAACGUCAGUGUAGUAACCCCGUCCCAAGAAAUGGAGGGAAGGACUGUGAGGGGACGCUGUUUGCGUUUGAGUUGUGUAACGUCACGGCGUGUUCUACAGAUGCAGUAAUUGAUGGUGGUUGGAGUUCCUGGGGACCAUGGUCUGCCUGUAGCGCCUCAUGCGGUGAUAUAAGUGUUAGGAACCGGAAACGUCAGUGUAGUAACCCCGUCCCAAGAAGUGGAGGGAAAGACUGUGAGGGGAGGUCGUUUGAGUUUGAGUUGUGUAACGUCACGGCGUGUUCUACAGGAAUACAGUGUCCUGUCUGUGAUGAAAAUCUAUCAUGUAGCUGGAACACUACCUGUGAUGUCACAGAGACGUGUAUGAUUAGGUCCUAUUCUGGGAAUUUUACCGUACACUGUUCUAAGCCUGAAGACUGUAUGUUUGAGAGGCAUGUGCUUACAUCGGGGGAGAUAUACUGUUGUGACGACAGAGCAUGCCUAAGUAAAAUCCUAGGAGUAUAAGAGACAUGUGUAGUGUAGUUUAUCAUUCCAAGUAAAUAGGAUGGAAAUUUUACAGUCAUUUCUUUUUUCGUAUGUUAAGACUUAUUAUAGGGUGAGUUAACCAUGCAUCGGACACAUAGCUUGGU